AUGGUCUGUCAAAAAAAUCGAUAAAAAUAUCUCAGUGUCAGUGAUAAAUCUCUGUUUAGGCCACAAAAAUGUAUAACUUCCGAAAUACUGAAUUUUAAUUGUAGACUGGAUAGAAUGAUAGACAAGGUUCCUUCAGGCAAUGUACACGGCGGUUGUUUUAAGCAUCGGCUUGGUUAUUAUUUUGGCUCUACUCUUUUAUAAGCGAUCAUGGAAAGAGGAGUCCCCCCGUACGCAUGUGGAGCCGACCUUCACGCCGAGCGUGCCGGUGCAGCUGGUCCACCGGCUGUGUCCUCACCACAACGUGGUUCAACGUUUCGCCGUAGAGCAGAAGGACAGCCUCGACGACCAUCUAGAUGCGCUCACUCGCAAGCUUGCUGAGAAGGAGGGAAAGCUUCGGAUCUCCAAAUCGAAGAUCCGCGAAACCCAGAACGAGAUCGACAACUUGCACGCGAUAGACCACCACGUGCGUCAGAAGUACCGUGACGUCAUGGAAUCUCUCCGUUCAGAUUUGCUCAACAACGAGACCGAAUGCAAGCGCAUACAGGACCAGAUUGAGUGGGUCUCACACAGGAGAGCGGAACUACAUGACGAGGUCCGACGAGGUCAAAAGCUCUAUGGAGAAGCUACGCUCAAGUUAGCGAACAACUUGGCUAAUCUACAGAAGAUGCGGGAACUGAAAGUGACUGAUAAACCGUUCACAAGGGGAUCAAAUGAGUCCCUCAUCCAGAGGAAGGAGGUACACAUCCCUACAGCGUGCUCGGUCGCAUCGAGCAUGAUGAAAUCCAAUCCUCCGACCCCGGAACCCUUUCCUCAUUUCAACAUGUAAUAACUUUGACAGUUAAAAAAAAUACGUUUUGAAAUGAUUUAUAUUUUUGUUAAAUUUUACUAAUUUAUAUUUUUUCUA